UCAAGUAUGACCGAUAAGAUAGCCGUGGUGACUGGUUCAAAUAAAGGCAUUGGAUAUGGUAUUGUUAAAGAGCUAUGCAAACGUGGAGUAGGUGUUGUAUAUUUAACAGCAAGAGAUACCCAACGAGGAUUACAAGCAGUAGAAAAGAUAAAACAAGAAGGUUUUCAUCCCGAAUUUCAUCAACUCGAUGUGAGUGAUGUUCUGAGUGUAAAGAAAUUCGCCGAUUAUUUAAAAGGAAAGCAUGGCGGUAUAGAUGUUCUGAUUAAUAACGCUGCUAUAGUACCAGAAGACUUUAACAGAGUAAUAUAUUCAGAGGCCAAACGUGUUAUUGAAAUUAAUUACAAAAGUUACUUCAAUAUACAAGAUUAUAUAUUUCCCAUACUAAAAUAUAACGCAAGAGUUGUCAAUAUUUCAAGUGACUGUGGUCAUGUAUCGAAAUUAAAAAACGUUUAUUGGAUUAAAAGAUUGACGAAAAACGAUGUACAGAUUCAAGAUAUCGAUUCAUUUGUCAACUGGUUUUUAACAUCAGUAAAAAACGGUUCAUUGAAUGAGGAAGAUUUUGCAUCAACAUGUCUUAUUCCAUAUGUUGUGUCUAAAAUUGCAGUAUGUGCAUUAACCAAGAUUCAACAAAGAGAAAUCGAUAGGAACAUUUCAAUAAACUCUCUACAUCCUGGAUUUGUAAAGACAGAUAUGACCAAACAAACAGGAGAAUUGACAGUAGAAGAAGCAAGCAAAACGCCCGUUUAUUUAGCAUUGGAUUGUGACCAGUCCAUAAAAGGAAAGUAUAUGUGGUUCGAUAAAACCGAAAAAGAUUGGACUGAUUUAAAUGUUAACCUAGAUUGUCAAAAUAAAGAAGAGUUGGAGAAGUUUUUUAAAAUUGUAGCACAUUCAUAGAUUGAGACAAUGAUUUAUGUUCAGUAUAAAUUCGAAUAGAAAUCAAAAUGUAAUCAUAAAAAGCUACAACUUAAUUAAUUAUAAAUAAAUUAGUGUCGGAUAAUAUUCUAUAUUAAAUUUUAAAUAAAAAAGUGUAUCAAACUAGUUGAACAAAUAAAACUAUCAGAACAUCAUAAUACGAAAUAACGAAACGCCGGACACUGACUGUUUACAAAAAAAAUCAACGAUAACUUCAGUAGCGAACCAAUUAUUUCUUGCCUCUCAUUUCUCUGUAAAUAAAUGAGUCGCAUCGCGAACAGACCGUUGCGGAUCGCGACUGGGUAAUUGGAAUGUCAGUUGUGGUAUUGUCUUACCUUAACGACCAGCGACAGAGCCGUGUGACGUCUUGCAUUAUAGGCUUGGACUUGUAAAUGUAUUGAUAUAUUCUCACAAAUCGUGACGAGUUACAUUCGUGUGAAAUUUAAACGUAAAUAUUUUCAUUAUAUUAUUUUGUCCCAAGAUCGUAAUUGAAUGAAAAGUUUAAUAAACAUUAGUCUCGUUUAGUUUGAUUACAUAUUUUCAUUCAGUUUAAAGAUAGAAUUAUAAUGUUAUUCCGUUAAAAUCUUUAUUCGUUCAUAUAGAAUAAAAAUAAGUAAUGUCGUUAACGUAAUUCUCCCACUACUGGGUUUAAGUAUCACCGCUCUUAUUGUAAAGAAUGGUUGGAGCCUUUUACCACGCCGUUUCGAUGGAAAAUAGAUACACCCGCAGACUU